AUGGUGGCUAUUGGUUCUAUCUUACUUUUGCCUUUGGGUCCACUCUUAAUACCUCGUAUUUAUAUUGUGUUUCUCUUGAUUUACUUUACCGUAUUCUUGUACACUCAAGUAAACCAUGUCUUCAAGUUUUAUAUUACAGCCACAAAGAUGCAAAACACUAUUCAACUUGAAGAAAUGGAAACCUCACUCACUCAAUAUGACGAUACACACUUUGUUCAUGCCUUUAUUGUGCCUAAUUAUGCUGAACCAGAAGCCCUUUUAAGAGAUACUAUCAAGCGCUUAGCUAAUCACAAGAAUGCUCAAACUAACUAUGUCAUCAUUUUGGCUAUGGAAGCUUCAGAAUUGAAUUAUGAGCAAAAGGCAGAUAGUCUAAGCCAUUAUUUUAAAGACAGUUUCCUUCAGUUUAUCGUCACUGCUCAUCCUUCUGACAUUCCCGGUGAAACACGCGGUAAAGGCUCCAAUGUUGCUUAUGCUGCUAGACAUGGUUGUGCUCAAAUGCUGCAACACGGUAUUGAUAGAAGAAGAAUUAUCUUGACUGUCUCUGAUUCUGAUUCUUCUAUUCCCGAGUUAUAUAUCAAAGAGAUCGAAAAGGCUUUUAACCGUGCUGAAGACCCUUACUUUUUAUUGUUUGCUCCACCCAUCUUCUUUUCUCGUAACUGCAAAGAAGUCCCUGCUGCUGUUAGAAUGACAGAUAUUACUUGGUCUGCCAUGGUCAUGUCUAGUUUAAGUAACAGUCGCGGUCUUUGUUUCCCUUGUUCAACUUACAGUCUUAGUAUGGUUUUGGCCGAAAGAGUCGGUUAUUGGGAUACAGAUGCAGACUCUGUAGGUGAAGAUAUGCACAUGAUGCUCAAGUGCUUUUUCAAGACAGACGGUCUUGCACGCUGCUGUCCUAUCUUUGUGCCUAUCAAUUUGACCAAUGUUCAAACACCAGGCUAUCUUGCCAAUAUGCAUGCUCGAUUUGUUCAAGCCAAACGCCAUUACAAUGGUAUUGCCGAUCUCGCUUAUACGCUUCGAAACUCGUUUGGUGUUAGAGACGAUAUGUUGGACGGAAACCACGUCUUUGCUUCUCUUACUAAAAAGACGAGCAUGUAUGCCUCACCUAGUUUUUGGCUUGAUAAAUUAGUCAUGUGUACAAAAGUCAUGGAAGCUCAUCUGAUUCCUGUCUCUUCUGGCUGGCUCAUGUUUGCCGCAGUUCCAUUGAUGCAAUUCAUCUUGUUCCCUCCUCACUCGAUGGUCGCCUUUGUUGACCCCGUCGACAAUCCUAUCUUGACUUCUGAAUUCUAUGCUACUUUGUGGAAUAUUGUCAAGAUCAUCACUAUCUUUUUACCUUUCCCCUUAUUUGGUACACUGGCUAUUUAUGAGCACCUUCAUCGGUUUGUUGAUCGGGAACUGUAUCGCAAGACGGAGUCUCGUAAUUGGCGUAACGUGUUUGAUUACAUCUCUUUGCCUAUUGCUGCCUGGGCAUUUAUGACUAUUCCAGCCACAAUCGCAUGUAUCAAACGCCUCUACAAGACAAAUGACAAAUAUAUUGUCGCAGAAAAGUUCUUUGAUGAAGACAAUGAAGAUUAG